UGCUGAAUAUGAUGACUCAUAGUGAAUCACUUCACUGAAUAAUGACAAACAUUUUUGCUUGGCUUUAAUUCCAACUUGAAUCCAUUGACACAAUUCCCCACACAGCCCUUAGAUACUAAAAGUCAAGUAAUCGUGAAUGACAAAAUUUUUAAAAGUAAAUACUUCGAUUUAUUCCAAUCUAAAAUAUUUUUGUACCCUAAUUCUGUUUGGCCCAAAAAGAAAUAAUUUUGUAUCGUAAUUAUAAAUUCCUCCCUUUGUAUCAGUAAUAAUGUCGACUUCAAAGAGCGUCGCCUACGACAAGAACAAAUUUGGCUCGCUUGGCCGUGCAAGAAUGUGUAGCAGCCAAGUUCAAUCCCCAUCAGAAAAACUAAAAAUAAUAAUUGAUAAAAAGAAAUUAGGAAAAUUCUUCUAUUUCUCAAAAGAUGAAAAUAUUGAAAAUGCAGCGACAAAUGUAUGCGAAAAUAGUACGAAAGUCAUGUCUAACUCCAGUCCAGAAGAUAAAGGCAAAAAACAGAAGGUGGUCAAAUUAUGCUGUGAUUGCAAAGCUCCAAACGGACUCCGACCAUGUACACUUCCAGCCUCUGGGAGUUCCUUUAUCGUAGAAACCACCACAUGCUUCUUCGACAAAUUACCUCCCUUGAAAUUUGGCAACUACGUUCAAUGUCUUAUUUGUGGAAGGCGAUUCGAGGACGAAGACUACAAACAUCAUGAUGUCCUUUGCAAAAAGAAAUUUAAUUUAUAUCCGGACUCAGAAACUGUAGAACAGCGGAAAUUUAUAAAGAAGUCUAAUCGGCCCCGGAAAUAUAAACCUCCGUUCUUUAUGAAGACGCUCAGAUACGAUUUAGAAGUUGAUGAUUGUCCGAGAGACCAAGAUUUGUGUGGGUUCUUUGACUAUUAAUUAAUAACGAAUAUCUACGAGUAUCAAUUCUAAAAUUGAUUGAUUCAAUUCCUUUUUUGUCUAUUUUUGGU